AUGGCAUCGAACAAGAACUCCUACCCGAUCUCUUCCAAUUCCCGCAAGAAGUUGAAUGCUUUUCGCUACCAAGACGACGACUUACCUCCGGACACGACGACUUCGAAAGAUGGGACCAAUGAGGCUCAUCGCAACAAGGAAAACCAAAGCUCAUGGUUGAAUGGUGUGGUGGACUCAAUGCAGACGUCACCAGAUAAAACCGAACAAGCUGAACAGCCUGUAGCCGAACCCGCCGCUGCAGAAGCCCCGAAAGAAACCAAACCCACUAAGGAUUGUCCACAGACCCCCGGAAACCGUAUACCUCUAGCGGAUUUAAUCAGCAACGCGGAAGACUCGUUCAACCCCGCUCCAGGUCCUGAAGUGACGCCUGUUGAUCAUGUCAUUUGGCAACAUAUUCCAGCCAGCUCGAAUCCAGACUCAUCCCAAACACCGGCUAGUCGGAGGAGGAAACGACGGCAUAGCUCCUCGCCACCAGGAUCCCCCUCGAAAGACAAUUCAGCGAAAGCCCAAAAGGAGCCGCUUGAUCUACAAUCAAUUCAAGCGCUCUUCAAAACUCCCCAGCAUGAUCUCGCCACAGAGCUAUGGAACAAUUACAUGGACAAAAACAUGGUCGAGAACUCGGAGGAUCUUCCAGCACCUCGUCUUGCCAAUCUCCUCUCCUCUUCACCUCAGACCCCAGGAUCAGGCCGAACAAGUCGGGAGUCUUCUGGUUUAAGGCGUUCGAUUAGUUGUGCUGCUGAAUGGCCAACUUCUCGGGCGAAGAGAAGACGAGUUGUGCGACAAGAACCCAAUUCAGGCCGAGGAAUAUUCUCACGUACAAACAGCAAUGUCCUGGACUCAGGCAAGGGAAAAUCAUCAAGGAUAAAUUUUCUUCUUGACAAAAUCGAGCGAAGUCUUAAACCAGCUCAGCCAGCCGACACCGGCCCACCGAACUCCUCCCCUUUGCGCCAACGUCUCGACGCAGAACGAUGUCGUUCAUCUUCUCCGAUUGCAGAUAGAAAAGGCCAUGGUGAUACCACUAUAGCUCAAGAAAACUUUGGUGAUCCUGAGAACAACCCCGGUGUUAACCUUGCACCGAUCCUUGAAGGGUCUUCAUCCGAAUUUGGUGAUGAUGACAUCGAUCAGGACUUCAUGGACUUGGCCGAUGCAUCAGAUGAUCCAUUCGUUGUGCCUCCGGCUAGUCGAGACAGUGGCAAGGAAUUUGGCUCUUUUGGCUCUAGCUGGUCAAAGCUGGUCGCAGAAAAGCCGCCUUCGCGCAAUCUCAAGCAACCGUCGACUACUGGUGCAAAUUCACACACUGAGAAUACUGUCAUGAAUAACGAAAAGAAGCCCGAUGGCUCAGAUGAUUUCGAUGACGAUUACGGAGAUUUUGACGAUAUUCUUGCGGAGUGUGAUGAAAAAUCGGGAAGAAUCGGUUCAUAUAAAUCAACUACCGUGGAGCAACAGGCUGUGAAGAGGCUGGAACCAUCCCCUGUUGCCUCAAUGGCCCAAGCGCCCACCAAGUCAGACACAACGACACGUGUUGCUGCGGAAACGUUUUCUGAUGAUGAAUUCGACGAUGAUUUUGAUCUGGAUGCUAUUGAACAAUCCAUGAAGCAGACAGGUACAGAUGAAGCCUACAAUCUCAAAAAUCGUCAAGCUAUCAAGCGUUACUCAGUCGUGGACAUCGCUGAAAGUACGUAUGUCAAUUCAAAAGGGCGUACACAGCCUGAGCAGGUCCUUUCGGUUGAGGAUGAAAAGACGAAAGCCCGCAAAGUCAUUGUACUUCGUGAGACUUGGGUUGACACUCCCUGCAACAAAGAUUCAAUUCUUCAUUUAGUUGGAGACUUUGACUCAUCCGGCCUAUGCAUAGUGGAUAAUACCAACCAUAUGGUUAUACUUCACCCCGAUUAUCUCAUCUCCGCCACGGUUGUGGCGGACUCGAUUGAUUGCCAACGUCGGGCAGUCAUUCAAGAUCGCAUCAAGGCUUUUUCUCAACUUGAAGCACCCCAAGUCUUUGGAACCAUCUUCCAUGAAGUCUUUCAAGAGGCAUUGAAAGCGAACCAGUGGGAUAUGAGCGCCCUCAGGUCCCUGGUAGACGUCGUUCUUCAAAGACAUAUUGAAGACCUGUACGCAAUUCAGAUGAGUGUACCGGAAGCCACUGAAAAUGUGAUGAGCAAGAUUCCUACGGUGCAGGCAUGGGCCGAUGUUUUCCUUCAUGCCAAACCACAGUCCAACUCUAUGGUUGAGGACCGUCAUAAUGCAAAGCUCAAUUUGAGCAUUAGCAAGCUGCUCGAGGUAGAGGAGCACGUCUGGUCCCCAAUGUACGGACUCAAAGGCAAUAUUGACGCUACAGUCCAAGUUGCAUGCAAUAGUGAAAACGGCAAGAAAAAUCUUGUCGUCCCACUCGAACUCAAAACUGGAAAACGAGAUACAAACCAAGGUCAUAGAGCCCAAACGGCUCUUUAUACAUUGCUGCUCUCUGAUCGUUACGAUAUCAAUGUGACUUUUGGUCUGUUGUAUUAUCUUGAGCUCAACAAGACCUUCAGUAUUCGCGGUAUUCGACAUGAAAUACUGCAGAUGGUUCAAGUGCGCAACCGUUUGGCAGUUUACAUUCGCGAGAAAUUGCAGCUUCCCCCGAUGCUCAAAAGGGCUCGCAUGUGCAACAGAUGCUAUGCGAAAACUCCUUGCCUCAUCUAUCAUAAGCUGCUAGAGGGAGGUGAUGGCGAAACAAGUGGCAUGGGGGAAGAUUUUGACGCAGUGACUAGCCACUUGACCCAAAAAGAUCGCGAGUUCUUCAACAAAUGGGAUGAGCUAUUGACCAAGGAGGAAGGGAACCUGACCAAGUUUCGCCGAGAGCUGUGGACCCUACUGAGCAGCGAACGCGAGUCUCUCGGCCGUUGUUUUGGAGAUGUUGUUAUUGAUCCUCGCUCAGCAUUUGAGGAUAAGAACGGAUCCAGGAUCAACCGCUAUUGUUAUACUUUCACCAAAAAGCUAGCUUCUCCGGGCUUUACGUUUGCAGAGUCCCAAAUCACUGUUGGUGAGCCAAUUGUUGUUUCUGAUGAGAAAGGACAUUUUGCCCUCGCCAAUGGCUAUGUGCUUCAAGUUAGCAGGCUGCAUAUCACCGUCGGUGUGGAUCGAAGCCUGCUCAAUGCCCGAGCACGAAAUCGUGGCUUCGAUCCGGUUACAAAUCAGUCCUUCACUGGCAUCAUGGAAGUUGAAAAGGAUGGAGAUGAUGUACUCGAAAACCCUCUUGAUGAACAGGUGACUUACCGAUUAGACAAAGACGAGUUCAGCAAUGGCAUGGCCAAUAUUCGCAACAACCUCGUCUGCAUGAUGGACAAAGACCUUUCUCAGGCAAGGCAUCUCAGGCGGCUCAUCGUCGAAGGCGAGCCCCCUGUGUUCAAGCCCUCUUCGUCCGCAUACACCAUCUCCGACCCAGAAAGUCUCAAUGUCGAUCAGAAACAAGCCAUUGAGAAGGUGAUGAGUGCCAAAGACUACGCUUUGAUUCUCGGCAUGCCAGGAACCGGCAAAACAACUACUAUUGCCCAUCUCAUCCGUGCACUCGUCGCACAAGGCAAGAGUGUUCUGUUGACGUCCUACACUCAUACUGCAGUGGACAACAUCCUGUUGAAGAUUCGCGAUGAUAACAUCCGUAUCCUUCGUCUUGGUGCAGUCACCAAAGUUCAUCCGGAUGUACAAGAAUUUGUUGAUCUAGCUGCAACCCCCAAGUCUACCAUUGAGGAGCUCAAAGACUCUUACGAAAAACCACAAGUUGUGGCAUCAACGUGCCUGGGUGUUAAUCACCAAAUUUUCAAUCAGCGCAUCUUUGACUAUUGCAUUGUCGACGAGGCUUCGCAGAUUACCCUUCCUGUAUGCGUUGGCCCUAUCCGCAUGGCGAGAUGUUUCAUUCUUGUCGGUGACCACUAUCAGCUUCCGCCGCUUGUUCAAAGCAAGGCCGCGGCGGAAGGCGGACUCGAUGUUAGUCUCUUCAAGCUGCUGUCCGAUUCCCAGCCAGAUUCAGUCGUCAACCUGGAGCACCAGUACCGCAUGUGCGAGGAUAUCAUGCUACUCUCAAACACUCUCAUCUACUCAGGCCGUCUCAAAUGUGGCACUCUAGAAGUCGCGACCCGUUCAUUGGAAAUACCGAACAUCCGCUCUCUCAAACAAUUCCACUCCGAUGAAUUCGAACCUCCACAUCCUGGGCACCAACAAGAUGUGUGCCGGGGGCCAAAUCACGGCAGCUGCUGGUUAAAUGACUUGUUGGCACCAUCAGCAAAAGCACUGCUGGUCAAUACCGAUCCUCUUGGGCCUGCAGCUCUGGAGACUCUGCAAGGACAACGAGUCGUCAACUCCAUGGAAACAAUUCUAUGUACGCAGCUUGUCGAGGCAUUCAUUGCCUGUGGUAUACCAGCCCGAAACAUCGGUGUUAUCACCUUCUACCGCAGCCAACUCGCACUUCUCCGACAUAGUCUUCGCCGCCACACUCCAGAGCUAGAAAUGCACACCACCGAUAAAUUCCAGGGUCGCGAUAAAGAGAUUGUGAUCCUCAGUUGCGUUCGCAGCAACUCAGAAAAUCAUGUUGGUGAGCUAAUGCGUGACUGGCGUCGCGUGAACGUCGCCUUCACUCGUGCUCGCACCAAGCUCCUUGUCCUCGGCAGCAGAUCUACUAUGCGCGACGGUAACGAACUCCUUCGUAAAUAUGUUCGUCUCGUCGAAAGCAAAGGCUGGGUUUAUAAUUUGCCACCAGGCGCUGCUGAGAGUCACUCUUUCCAGUCUGAUCCAUUGGAAUCCUCACAAAUGCCAUUCGCGUCUCCAGGUGCUGCAAAGGUACCCGGUUCGGCGAAAAAGAGAAGUCCCACUGUCAAGAAUGAAUCCCAGUAUCGUGAGCCACUCAGCCCUCUCGGCUCGAGACAACCCGCCUCAGGUCUUCGGGUACCUGCCAAGAAAGGAGCAAAAAUAAAGAAUGGCAACACAGUCCUGGGAAAUAGACCCAUUCUUCAGGACCUUUUGAAUGAUAUUACUGGCUGA